AUGGCCAAAAAUAAUUGUACUUUGCUGAUGGAGUUCAUCCUGUUGGGAUUAACAGACACACUGGAGCUACAAGCUAUCCUUUUCUCUCUUUUUUUGGUGAUUUACACACUUACAGUUGUGGGAAAUAUUGGAAUGAUCCUUUUAAUCAGGACUGAUUCUCGACUUCACACACCUAUGUAUUUCUUCCUGGCAAUCCUGUCUUUUGCAGAUGUUAGUUAUUCAUCCACCAUAACUCCAAAGAUGCUGGUAGACUUUUUAUCAGAGAAGAAAACCAUCUCCUUUGCUGGCUGCUUUCUGCAGAUGUACUUCUUUAUAGCCUUGGCCACAACUGAAUGCAUCCUUUUUGGGUUAAUGGCCCAUGACCGCUAUGUGGCCAUAUGCAGCCCUCUCCUUUACUCCUUGAUCAUGUCCAGGACUGUCUGUCUAAAAAUGGCAGCAGGAGCUUUUACAGCAGGACUGUUGAACUCUGUGGUUCACACAGGUUAUAUGAGCAGCUUGUCAUUCUGCAGUUCCAAUGUCAUCCAUCACUUCUUCUGUGACACCCCUCCAAUUUUUAAGCUCUCAUGUUCUGACACACACCUGUAUGAAAGCAUCUUGUCCACUUUUGCUGGUGUGAAUAUAGUUGGGACUCUGCUAGUGACCCUCACCUCCUACUGCUACAUUCUCUUCUCCAUCUUCCGUAUGCAUUCAGGGGAGGGGAGGCGCAGAGCAUUCUCCACAUGUGCGUCUCACCUGACAGCCAUCAUCCUGUUCUAUUCCACCUCCAUCCACACUUAUCUCAGACCUUCCUCCAGCUACUCCCUGAGUCAAGACAAAGUGGCUUCCGUGUUCUACACAGUGGUCAUCCCCAUGUUGAAUCCUCUGAUCUACAGCCUCCGAAACAGGGAAGUGAAGAAGGCUUUAUGGAAUGUAAUUACUAGGAAAAGGGUCCCUUCAUUUCUGGGGUUAUUUGGUUAA